GGAGCUUCGACGGAGGAAGCUCCGGUGCGUGCGCCCAAAUGUGUUGCUAACUUACCUCCGGAGCGAGAGUCGCCGAGCGCCGGGAUCACAAGUCGCGGCCGGGGCCGAAUAAGAUCCGCGGGGGUGGCGGCGUGGGCGAGCCGCGCUCGGAUCCGCUCGCUUGGACCCGGACGUCGGCCCGCGCGGUGGACUUCGAUCGGCCGGCGGUCCCGAAGCGAGCAGUAUGCAUUUGGACUGCAGGCUGCUAGUAUGGAAGGAGCGGUAAUGGUGGGCAGGGGGCCGACAGGGGCCGAGGGUCUCGUCCUGUCGAUCCUCGUCAUCAUCCUCACCGCCGAAGGCUGCAGGGCGCAGAAAGGUGACGGAUGCGGCCCGACGGUGCUGGGCCCCAGCAGCGGGACGCUGUCGUCCCCGGGCUACCCCGGGCCGUACCCCAACAACACGGUGUGCGAGUGGGAGAUCGCCGUCCCCCCCGGCAACAGAGUCCACUUCUGCUUCGCCGAGCUGGACGUGGACGGCGGCGACUGCCAGGUCAACUACCUCCGCCUGUACGACGGCGUCGGACUCGACAGGACCGAGAUCGCAAAGUUCUGCGGCUUGAAUGUGAAGGUGAACAAGCUGAUCGAGUCCACCGGCAACCGGGUCACUGUUCAGUUCAUGAGCGGGAUCCAUCACACUGGACGUGGAUUCUACUUGUCCUACUCCACCACAGAACACACAGAUCUCAUCACCUGCCUGCACAAAGGAAGCGAUUUCCCCGAGGCGGAAUUUAGCAAAUACUGUCCAGCCGGAUGUUUGACAUCGACAGAGGAGGUUUCCGGUACCAUACCCAAUGGAUACAGAGAGUCGUCUCCCCUGUGCUUGGCCGCCGUGCACGCUGGCGUGGUGUCGAACGCCGUGGGAGGGAGGAUCCACGUGGUGAGCAGCAAAGGGAUCCCGCACUACGAGGGCACACUGGCCAACAACGUCACAUCCACUGGAGGAACCUUGUCCAACAGUCUCUUCACGUUCAGGACCAACGGCUGCUACGGAACUCUGGGGCUGGAGUCCGGCGGCGUGGCGGACAUCCAGAUCUCGGCUUCGUCCGUGUGGGAGUGGAACAGCGUGUGGGCGCCGUCGGGGGCUCGGCUGAAGAAGGCCGGCCUGCCCUGGGCGCCCGCCCGGAGCGACCCGCACCAGUGGCUGCAGGUGGACCUGAAAAGACAGAAGCGGAUCGCGGGCAUCACCAGCACGGGCUCAACACUGCGGGAGUUUCCGUACUACGUGGCGGCGUACCGCGUCCUCUACAGCCACGACGGCCAGCGCUGGUUCUGCUACAAGGAGGCCAACUCCACGCAAGACAUGAUUUUUCAAGGCAACAUCGACUACCUGGACGAGGUGAGGAAUAACUUCAUCCCGCCCAUCGAGGCCCGCUACCUGAGGAUAAAUCCCACGCGGUGGUACCAGAGAAUCGCCAUCAAGGUGGAGCUGCUCGGUUGCCAGGUGUCUACAGCGAGGAAGAGCAUGACGCCCCGGAUGUUCCCCCCUCCCCGUUUCACCCCUCGGCCGGCGGUCACGACGCGCCCGCGUACGUUCGGCAAGACCACUUCACCUCCGGACAUCAGGAACACCACCAUGCCGCCGCUCACUGGCAAAGAGAUGGCGCUGGCUGCCGUCCUGGUGCCCGUCUUGGUUAUGGUGCUGACGGCGCUCAUCUUGCUGGCGGUUUGCGCUUGGCACUGGAGGAGUCGGAAGAAGAGCUCGGAAGGAGCGUACGAUCUCCCUCACUGGAAUCGCACUGAUUGGUGGAAAAGUAUGAAGCAGCUGCUGCCGUCCAAGAUGGUGGAGGCGGAGGACGCGGUCCGCUACAGCAGCAGCGAGGUGGGCCGGCUGGCGGCGAGGGGCGCCGUUCCGAGACUGCACGCCGAACCCGCAGAAUACGCGCAGCCGCUGGUGAGCGGCGUCACAACAUUGGGCGCGAGGUCCACCUUCAAACCCGACGAGGGUCCCGACCCGGGCUACAGCGACCCCGACCUGUACGACGCCCCCGUCUCCCCGGACGUCUACCACGCGUACGCCGAGCCCCUCCCCGCCUCGGGGGCCGAGUACGCCACGCCUAUCGUGGUGGACAUGGGGCGCCGCCCGGCGGGGGCCGCGCCCGGUGCCCUGCUGCUGGCGCGGGCCUACGACACGCCCAAAAACGCCGGCGGACGGGACCCGACUUAUCAGGUGCCUCAGUGCGGCGCCAACAGAGCCGAAGGGGGGGCGUGAUCGGCGGUCCUGUCGCCCGGAGACGUCUGAGCCGCGUACGUACGGGCGAGCGCGACCCGCUCGCGUCGGCGCCAUUCCAGUCGGAUCACUGAAAGCGCAGAAAUGAAUGUUUUGUUUGCGCGCCGUACGGAGCUCGCCAAACGAGCGUGCCGACUACUGUUCUUUUUUCUUUUUUUCCAGAUCUGUGAUUCUCGCUUUUGCGAAACUGUGAUUGUUGAGUUUUUCUUCUGUUACAAACGUGACGAUGACAACGACGAAUUCCUCCUUGGCGAGGUUCGUCGUCCACGGUACGCGUCGUCUUUCAAAGCGUGACUUGAACUUGUGCUGGCGACCUCUUAGAAUUCCCAAGUGAUUUUUGUUAUGAUUUUUUUUUUUUUUUUAACUGAUAUUUAUUUUUGAAUCCUGCUGAUGACGAGAAGCCCACCCGCUGCCCACCCCACCUCCACGCCGCUUGCGCAGACCAAACGUUGCCUUUUCUUUGUGUGUUUUGUUUGCUGCGACUCAGCGGCAUUUUUAAAGUCUUAAUGUGAGAAAUAAAGCAAAGAUUUUAAAGAUGAAAGGUGUGACAUCACUUUCUGUUUUUUUGUCACUUUUAUGAUGUCCGGUAGUCACACUGUUACUUUUAUUUGUUCUCCCUAAAAUAAAGUAAAAAAA